AUGCGAAGAGUUGUGGUGACUGGUCUGGGGGCCGUGACACCGCUCGGAAACGGCGUCAAACGGACUUGGAGCCGCAUCCUCGCUGGCGAAUGUGGCAUCGUCUCAACACGGUCUCUAGGCUCGGAGUUCGCUGCUCUUCCGUCCCAGGUUGCUGGUCUCGUGCCCAGAGGCAAGGCGGUUGAUGGUAGGUGGACCGCAUCUGAGCACGUCUCCGCCACCGAAGUCCGGCAGACCGCGCUUUUCGCACAGUAUGGUCUGACCGCCGCUGCCGAAGCCUUGGACGAUGCUGGCUUUCCAGGCGGGAAAGACCUACCGCAGGAGGACACUGGUGUGACACUUGGAAGCGGCAUCGGUAACCUCGAAGAGCUCUAUUCGACUUCGCUCGCGUACGCUGGUGCUGGUCAGGACAAGGCGAACUACCGCAAGAUUCAUCCUUUGUUCGUGCCACGGCUCCUCAUCAAUUUGGGAGCUGGUCACAUUAGCUUACGCUACGGACUACGAGGGCCAAAUCAUGCAGCGACGACCGCAUGCACAACGGGGGCUCACAGUCUCGGCGACGCGGCGAGAUUCAUUCAAUCCGGUGACGCAGCUGUGAUGAUUGCGGGCGGGGCUGAAAGCUGCAUCCAUCCUCUGGCCAUCGGUGGCUUCGCAAGGAGCAGGAGUCUAGCAACGGCAUGGAAUGAGCAGCCCAGUGAAUCAUCGCGGCCUUUCGACAAACAGAGGGCUGGUUUCGUGAUAGGCGAGGGCGCUGGUGUGGUAAUUCUCGAGGAACUUGAGCACGCAAGGGAGCGUGGCGCGAGGAUCUAUGCAGAGUUAUCUGGCUAUGGAUGCAGCGCCGACGCGUACCACCUUACUGCCCCUUUGGAGGAUGGAGCUGGUGCGUUGCUGGCGAUGAAGAAAGCUCUACGAAGUGCCCAGGUUGAGCCUUCGAAAGUCGAUUAUGUCAAUGCACAUGCAACAUCAACUCCGCUUGGAGACGCUGCUGAGAAUUCAGCGAUCAAGGCGCUCUUGUUGGGCGGUAACGGUAGGCAAAAGCCAGCAGAUGUUAACGUCAGCAGCACGAAGGGUGCUCUGGGUCAUCUUCUGGGCGCUGCCGGUGCAAUCGAGGCCAUCUUCGCCAUAUUGGCGAUUCAUGAGGUGAGUAGUCUGAACUCGGGACGCUCGAGAGCCGAAGAGUUUGACUGCAACUAUGUACCGGACGAGGCACAAGACCACCGUGUAGAUGUGGCUUUGACCAACAGCUUCGGUUUCGGCGGUACGAAUGCAACUCUCUGCUUCUCGCGCCUGAAAUAG